AUGAAGAAGCUUCGGAAAUGGUUCACAUUGAUUGAUGCCACGACGUUUUCGAAGAAGAAAAUACCUGCAAAGAAACUGCAAAGCGCUUUGUAUCUAAACAAGCAACUUCAUGAGACCUUGUACGGUUUCAUCGUGUUUGAAGUUGAAUGGGCCAAUGUGAGGGGUAUCAAUUACUUGAAUGAGCUACUGACAGACACAUCUCUUGCUAUUGAAGCUAAGUUGAUGCGAAGGUGGGAGUUUGAGAGUAUCCACCAAGCGGUAACAAGUAUGUCUCAGUGGUUCUCUGGAUCGAAAACUGAAAGGUCUUGCUUAAAGGAAUAUCUCGAUUCAGCUAUAGGAGAGGUUUUUCAUGACGCUGAAGCAGAUUUCUCAAAAACUUAUCCCGUUGAUGAUGAUGACAACCUUGGCAGCGACAAUGUUUCUGUUGAAAAUGACUCACCUUGCUGCUCCAGAAGUGUCUUCAACAUUAAUCAUUCUACUGCUGAUUAUGAUGAAAACGAACCUCACACACCGCCUCUGACUGGACCGUAUAAGAGAAGAAGAGUAACUAAAGCAAUCAGCACCGGAGUUGAAGUUGACUAUAUGGAGGAAACACCGAAAAGAGAAGAUAACUCGGUAGACCACUUGGAAAGCCAUGUACCUGAUGGUGAGAACGUCAUUGAAGCAACCCAGUAUAAAGAUGUUCUAGUUCUUGUUAGGUUUGGCGACCGUGAUCUCCCCUUCAAACUGCGAGAGGUUGUAAUGGCUGACAUACGCUUGCUUACUUUACUUGAAGCUGGUCUCCCUUCAUGGGUCUUGUUUCUGCAGUCUUAUCCCGGCUUUUGCCAUCUUUAUCGACCCUGGAUGUGCCUUUUCGCCAGAGCUUUAUAUGUGAUGGUAUCAAUCAUCACCGUUGUGAUAGGUUUUUAUGACCUGUACAAAAAUGUCCCCGUUCUGAAAGCCACUGCAUCUCGGUUAUGUGGGCCACUCAUUGAUUGGGUUGAAACAUGGGACAUGGUAUCGCGGAUAAAGUACUUGGGAACGAUGUUGUUUCUUCACAACUUUCAGAAAGCUGUCAAGUGGGCUCUGACUAUGGCACGUGCUAUGCAGUCAUUUGUUUCUUUACUCGUAAUGCCUCUGGUAAACCCUCUCUUAGACGCUCUUGGUUUGCUCCUACCGUUAUGGAAUUCGUUGGCGGAAACAGUGGAGAGCUUGGUUUCGGUUGUUUGGAUAGUGAUCGAGUCUGGUUUCACUCUUGUUGGUGAUGUGGUAGAAUUGGUUCUCUUGCCCAUUUGGUUUAUCGUCUCGCUAGUUUGGAACAUCAUAAGUACUGUUUUACUGCCUCUAUUCUGGAUCAUCUGGGAAGUGAUAUAUGCACCGAUCAGAGUGGUUGUUGCAUUAGCCAACUGUUUAGCUUUUUCCUUCUCAUACAUAUUUGAUGUUCUCGGGGAUUUAUGGCGGUAUAUGAGCAGCAUACUUCAGCUUGCAUCAGAUUCUCAAGCAGCUGUGAAGACGUACGAAGUCUCCAUGUGGCGCACGCUUUGGAACGACCUCUUUUCUCAUGUUUUUCGUGCUGUGAGGAGUAUAUUGAACGGAUUUGUUGCCUUCUUUGCUGCCUGUAACAGGCAUCGGCUUAGUAUAUAUAAUCACAUACAAGAAUUUAACCAGAGACUACAUGGAAGAACCUCGAGAUCAGAAUCGAUAGACUCAAAACAUGGCAGGUCUUCUAAGAACCAUCAACGUACAGGAGAUGAUACGAGAAGGAAAUUACACCUUGCAUAG